UAAAAAAUGCGCUCGAGACUCGCGCUCUGCUGCGUUCUAUUUCGGAACGUUCGUGCAUUGUGACAUCACUCAGCAGUCCCUUAUAACCGCGCGCUCGCAGACUGUCUUCACAGUCAAAGACAGUGAGAAUCUGAGCGAGUUUGAGUGCUAGAGAAGAUCUACAUACGAAAGUCUGCAGACACAACACACACAGUGUACAGACUAAAGUCUACUAAACACUCGAGAGUUUGUCCACUCACUCUCAGCGUCACGAUGUGUCCAGCAUCUGAGUCCGUGUCUAAUGAGACAGAAGCGGCUGCGUGGCUGGAUAACAUCAGCUUCUGCAGCGGCUUCUGUCAGUGGAUCGACGAAGAGUUGAUCGAUUCACUGCCAGCUGACUCCCAGCAGCCUGUCGAGUCAACAAGGGCUUCAGAAGCAGAAGCAGUGAGUGCACAGCCUUCUGCUGAGAAAAGCCCGACAGAGAUUCGUACUGGAGGCAGCAGGAGGAGCAGAAUCCAUGCGUUCUUCAAGAGAGCCUGGAAGGCCGUGAAGAAGCCGUUCCUCCGCUGCAGAAGGACACGAGUGGAGUCUGAUCCCGAACCGGCGUCUGUCCCGGGACCCUCUGAGCUCCAGAACGGGCCUGACACCGAGCCCACAUCUGCUCCAGAUCUCCCCGACUGGAGACCAACUACCAAGUCUUUGCACAAAUUGUACACAAUGCAAGAUUUGAUAGGAACAGGAAGCUUCGGCAAGGUGUAUAAGGCAAUCCGAAAAUCAGACGGCCGAGAGGUUGCCAUCAAAACAACGCGGAAAUGGAACAACUGCUAUUCUCUUCAAAUACCUGGUUGUUCCAGACGUCUGGCUACAGAAGUGGGGCUGAUGCUGAUGUUGAGACGUCCUCCAGUGUGUCCCUACAUCAUAGAAAUGUAUGAGUGGUUCGAUCGACCCCUGGUCUUCUCACUCGUUCUGGAGUUCCCUCAACCCUGCGUGACCUUGCGAGAGUUCAUCAUGGAUUCGUCAGGACUGAGUGAAGCGGUCGCACGUGGCUUCAUGCGUCAGUUAGUCCUGGCGGUGCAGCACUGCAUAAACCACGGCGUGUUUCAUAAUGACGUCCAUGCUGACAACGUCCUGGUGAACACCGACACUCUGGAGCUGAAGCUGAUUGACUUCGGCUCCGGUCACCUGCUUGACAGCACUGGAUAUGACAGCAUCAAAUAUAUAGGAGCAUUCCUGUUCUGCCCACCAGAGGUCUUCUCCAAACCCAAAUACUACGCCGUCCCAACAAACGUCUGGACUCUAGGUGUGACGCUGUACAUGAUGGUCAACAUAAAGCUGCCUUUUUCAAGUGUCAAGCAAAUAUUGAAAGCCUGUCCUUUCCCUUGGAAAGCUGACCUAUCUUGCGGUGAGAAAACUGAUAAACAUUUACCUCUCACUCUAGCUUUUAUCAGAUAUUUGAGAAGGUGUUUUCACACCACACGCUCUGGUGUGUUACGUGCUCUUGACUAACCGUCUCUCUUCUCCAAACAGCAUGCAGUGAUCUGAUCCACCAGUGUCUGGAGCGCAGUCCAGCGAAGCGGCCCACGUUAGAGCAGAUCUUACAGCACCAAUGGUUUGAAAGUCAGCUCUAGGAUGAAGGCAGGCGUGGGAUCCUUCUGUCCUCUGGGUCAGACGAAGAGAAGAUCUGCAGUUAUUCUCAUUAGAGGUCAAGUACUGUUGUAUUUUUCAUUUCUGAAUUAUGAUCAGAAAACGAAGCAGCUAUUGAACAGUACUGAACUGACUGGAGGAUAUGUUAAUGUUCUGGUCCUUUUCUAAAUAACAUGAUCAGAUGAUGAAACAGAGACUAGAUGAAGUGAGGAUCAAUAAUACUGUUCCUCAGAGGACACACAACAUCCAGUCGGCUGAAGAACCCUGGACUAGACAGAAAACACAACUCAGAGACAGAAACAAUGUCUCAUUCUCUCGAGAACAUGAACCAUAGACCUCUAAAGGACCAAUGUGCGAUGUUUGAAAUGCAAACACGUUUUCCAGUCU